GGGGUGGGGGUUCAUUUCAUAUCUUUGUUGAGGUGAGGGAAGCGUGUUAUCCUGUUGUGUUUUGUACAAACAAUACAAUGCUUAUGAAAGCGUCGACUCCGGCGGCAUUACCUAUUAAUUUCAAAUCGAGGUUCACGGUGGUCUCAAAUUCAAGAGUUACGAGUUACAAUAAUUGCAAAGAAAUUGGUAGAAGAGGGGUUGUAACUGCUGCUGGGUAUAGAAAGAGGUCAUUGGAAACACCGGGAGCGUAUGAGCUUGUAGACGAAGAGAGCGGGGAUAAGUUCAUCGUCUGGGGAGGAACCGAUGACGAAGCGCCUAUCCCUACCCCUACCAACGAGGUUCUUCACUGGAAACCACCCUCCACCAGACCACCGACAGCCAGUAGCAAGGGAGUGUCUCCAAGUUUUGAACGAUUAAGAGCCGCUAGGGUAAGGAGUCUUGGGAGUAGGGUAUCCUCUUCAGAAAAGGAUGUUUCAGAAACACUUUUGGCUAAACAAAAUACAAUAUCUAGUGCUAUCAAAGAUGAUGAUGAUGAUGAUGGUGAUAGGAGGAGGAGUAUUUCACAAAGGACAUUAAACGCUGCUGCUGCUGCUGCUGAUUUUUUUAGCAGAAAAUCAUUUAAGGAUGUGGGAUGCACGGAUUACAUGCUUCACUUUUUGAACACUCAGCUUAUUGCCUACCCUUCACAUAUUCAGGCUAUGUCAUUCCCACAUGUUAUCAAGGGUAAGAGUUGCAUCAUAGCUGAUCAGAGUGGGUCCGGGAAAACUUUGGCCUAUCUUUUACCAGUGAUUCAAAGUAUUAGACAAGAUGAGUUGGAAGGGCUUGCCAAAUCCUUACCUCAAAGCCCCAGACUUGUCAUACUAGUUCCAACUGCUGAGUUGGCUUCUCAGGUAUUACGAAAUUGCAGACUCAUGUCAAAGUCUGGUGUGCCAUUCCGGUCUAUGAUUGCGACAGGUGGUUUCAAACAGAAAACUCAACUGGAAAGUCUACGAAAUGAGUUAGAUGUUUUAAUUGCUACUCCGGGUCGAUUCUUAUACUUAGUUCAACAAGGCUUUUUACACUUGACUAAUCUUAAAUGUGCGGUGUUGGAUGAGGUGGACAUACUGUUUAAGGAUGAAGAUUUUCAGCCGGCAUUGGAGAGUUUAAUGAAUUUGGCACCUGUUACCACCCAAUAUCUGUUUGUGACUGCGACUCUACCAGUGAAUGUAUACAAUAAGCUUGUUGAAAACUUUCCUGAUUGUCAAGUUAUUAUGGGACCUGGGAUGCACCGUACAAGCUCUGGUCUUGAGGAGAUACUUGUUGACUGCAGUGGAGAGGAUGGAAUGGAAAAAACUCAGGACACCGCGUUUGUUAACAAGAAGUCUGCUCUUCUUAAACUAGUGGAGGAAGGCCCCGUUACGAAAACCAUCAUUUUCUGCAAUAAAAUAGAGACUUGCAGAAAGGUUGAAAAUGCAUUAACAAGAUCCAAUAGAAAAGUGUUGCCGUUUCAUGCUGCUUUAGCGCAAGAUUUGCGUGUUGCAAAUAUGGAGGAGUUCUGUCAAACUCGGUCAAAGGAUAGCUCUUUGUUUUUAGUAUGCACAGACAGGGCAUCCCGGGGGAUUGAUAUCCCAGGAGUUGAUCAAGUUGUGUUGUUCGACUUCCCCCGUGACCCAAGUGAAUAUGUGCGUCGUGUUGGAAGAACGGCGAGGGGUGCUGGAGGCAAAGGUAGAGCUUUCAUAUUUGUGGUUGGAAAGCAAGUCUCCCUUGCUCGCAGAAUUAUAGAAAGGAAUAGAAAAGGCCACCCGUUGCAUGAUGUUCCAUCAAAUUAAACUAAUAUAUCAUCGAUGGACAAUUGUCAUCAUAUACUAAUGGGGAAAUGUAGUUUGGUCAAUUCGGUUAACCAUUGGUUUAGGCUCAGUUCAAAAUCAUUCCAGCUAACAGAAAAACAAGCCUGUUAAUUCAAAUUGGCGAAAGGACAAGUGGUGUAUUAUUAUAACAAAGUAUUUGGGAUUGGGUAAAA